GAAUUGUUUUUUUUUUUGUAGAAUUUGUUUACCGGGUGCAUAAAAUCGCAUUGUUCUCAUUUGUUUGCGAGAAGAUCCUUUUUCUAUAGUUGUGCGCAAGUAGCACCAUCCAUAUACAGCUUUUUUGCUGCAAAGGUUUUCUCCGAGGACGUCACGAACACAUACAACAUUCAUCAUGUAUGAGUAACAUGUUUUGAAAGAAAAAACACCAUAAUUGUUUUGUCGGAAGUUUAUUUUCUGAACACAGAAAAAUCGUGUCCUGCUCCUGAUCUGUCAAUCUCUGUUGUAGCGAGAAGCGGCACAGAGACCACUGUGAAGCGGCGGCCGCGCAGUUGUGGCACUGAAAGGAGUAUACAACCUCCCAGCUGCUUCUGAAGAUUCAUUUAGAAAUGUGCAAAGGCACGGGCAUCCACAGGUUUAUUCACUGUCUGCCUGAUACCUUGCUCCACCUUCAACACUUAUAAUUUUCCGCGAAACACUAUUAAUUACCCAAAAGAAGUGGUUUUUCCAUGGCGACGCAGAGGACGAGGCGAUUUUCCCGAACACGUAAAUUAUAGUAUAUGAAAGCCCUCUGAUGAAUCUGAAAAAUUGCUAGUUUGAGAAACGAAAAGUUCUCGUGCUUAUGAAGAAACGGGGUGAAGUUUGUCGAAGAUAAAUCGGAGGUUUCAUCAUUACAUGAACGCCUUCGAGCUGUACAAUCUCUUUUGUUUUGACGAAAAUAAAAAGACAAAUUUCAACCUUCUUCACUAACACAAACAGCUCAUCCACUGAUUGUUGAUAGACCCUGUCUGCCGAACCGUAAGGACGUCGUCCGUUGGAUCUCUACAACACACCUCGCACUGGGACGAACGUACAUAGAAAAGUACAAAUAGAACAUACAUUUAAUAUCAAUAGUCCUGACUAGGGGAAGUAGAUUGAUGGUCACCUGAAUCCGAAAGACGAAGCGAGCUUGCAUUUGCAUUCUCAUAGUUUUAGACUACUACGUUUGUGCCAAGAAGGUGAUGCGAUAACAACGCUUGAGAUCUGUAUUUCUGCAAAAAUUCCGUGUGCACCAAAGCAUGCGUUGUAAGAAAUGCUACUACUUGUUUCGCACCUGUAGCCUAAAGUACUAUUCGAGAAGUUGAAAAUAGCCUAGUUUUGAAAGUUUUGGCCACGAAACGAAAUUUGUGAAUAUUUAUACCGCUAAGGAGCUCUUUGAUUCUCUCUCUUCGCGUAUAAGAUUGCCGGCAAAGCAGCUGAGGACCCACUGUGUAUCGCGCCUCAUAACGACAGCGACACUUCAAAAUUAUCUCCGGAGAAAGUAGAGCUUCGACGGUCUGUAAAAAUCUAUAAUGAAGAUUUUUAACUUUCGAUCGUGGGCGGCAUCCGCGGUUUUUCUGUUUCUGUUCCAGGGGAGCUUUGAGGGGAAAAAUGCAAUCUCCCUGCAGGGUGGCCAUGGGAAAGCGAACCAGACCGGCGCAGGAAACAAGGCAAGUGCGGGCAGCAGUUCCUCCGCCUCUGCAGCGAGUCCGAAGGCUGCACCAGCGAAACGAAAAAGAGAAACCGCGAAAGCGAAAGCAGGGGCUGCUAGUAACAGCACAACCUCGACCUCGGGAGCAGCUUCGUCCGCGGCCGCAGGUUCGUCAAAUAAGUCGCCUGGUGCAAAACCAGCCCGCAACAGUACUGCCACCGCGAAAAGUCGAGCUGGUCCAGCGAGGAAGACGUAUCCUGAGGUGCCUUUAGCAAAAACCCGAGCUGCUAGUAGUGGGGCAGCCGACCCCGCAGUAGUAUCAGCGAAUCUGGUAUCGGAACCUGCAAAAAAGCGUGUGAACAUCACAGGUGCUAGUGGAACCGCGCCGGCCCUGCCUGCCAUACCAAAAGCGCUUGUGGGAGCAGUAUACGAUGCAGCCUCCGCCGCGUAUCCGAAUGGUACAGCUGCAGCUUCGGCCCGACCGAGCGCGCUCCUUGCACGCAGUGGAGGCGCAGGAUCUACUCCAACAUCGUCGGGGGUUGCGGCAGGCACGGUGUCGGUAAGGGAAAUGCGAGACGCGACGGGAAAAACGAUUGCAACCGUGGUUACGCCGCAGAAUGCGACGUCGCCGGCCAGCGCCGCAACCGCAAAGCCCGCUACCUCGUUGCAGGUGCAGUUGCAACUGCAACCUGCGGCUGUGACAACAGGAGCCGCCUCCUCUGCAUUGAACCUUGGUGCAACGAGCCGGACAGCCGCGGAGCCUGUGUUUAAAGAGGCUGCAUCAAGCACCAGGGUGGUCGCAGCUCCGGCAGGUAGUACCUCUCCCG